UUCUCAAAUUACUUGGGAAAGGAUUGAAGUUCACAUUACCAAAUACCACGAUGGAGAACAAAAUGAGCGCAGUGUUUGUGAUGGGGCUUGUCUUUAUAAGCCUUAUCUCAGUUACAUCUGCUAUUUCUGGAACUGCAACUUAUUACACAGUUUACGAACCUUCUGCAUGCUAUGGGUACCAAGAUCAGGGAACGAUGAUAGCUGCUGCAAGCGACGCAAUAUAUGCGAACGGAGCUGCAUGUGGUCAAAUGUACAAGAUCACGUGCACAGGUGCCACCAACCAAGGUGUGCCUCAGCCAUGCAAGGGUGGCAGUGUUACUGUGAAGAUCGUUGAUCGUUGUCCUUCCCCAGGUUGCCAAGCCACCAUUGAUCUCUCCCAAGAAGCUUUCUCCGCAAUCGCUGACCUCAAUGCUGGAAAAAUUCAAAUUGAAUACAACAAGGUGUAAAACUCCUAGAAGAUCGAGAUCAAUAACUCUGCAAGUGCAUGAAUUGACAUUCUAAUGUCUAUCACUGAAUAAAUUUCAAUAUAUAUAUAUAUAUAUAUAUAGGAUACGAAUAACUUGCAUCAGAAUGAGAUGUACAUUCCUGUGUACAAUUUCAGUUGCUGUAUCAGUAAAGUAGUAUUAUUUCUCUAAUUGUAAAAGCAACCAGUAAGAUGAAAUGGAGAUAAAGUGCUGCAUAAAA